GUGUGGCUUGUGGUGUGGUGUGAGGCAGGGAUGUACACAGUGUGGCUCACGGGAUGUAUACCAGGAGAGCUCCAGGUUACUGCCAGGAAGGUGACGUCUUCCGUUCUUCCUUCUCGGGAAAGAGUUCCUGUGACAGUCCUUCUAGGAUCACUUGCUCUCCCAGGUGGUCACAGAUCCUUCCAGAGGACGCUACUCAAGCCUUCGCAGAGACUAGGGAGGUUCAAGAGAAGGUCAGUAAGGUCCUCCUUGAAUCGGAAAGGUCCUCAGCCCCGAGGACCUUCCAGGGUGAGAAUGGAGGCUACGUAGCAAGGUCCAAGACCGGCUCUGCGGUCCCAACCCUUCUGUCUGUCCCUAAGACUGCGCCGGUACAUACUCGCGUCCCAAACAUAACAGACUUCAAUAAUCGAAAACCCGAAGCUGCAGACUUUCACAGAUUCAGUCCCAAGACUCCAGGCUCUAGCAAGUCACCUCCGGAAGCUACUGACUUUCACAGACAGGUCGUAGAUGCAACAGAUUUACACAGACGCGUCUCAGAGGUUGCAGAUUUAUAUAGAUAUAUCUUAAGUAGACGCGUUCUAGAAGCCACGGGUCUCUAUAGGUCUGCCAAAGAUUCCAGCAGACGUGGCCUCAACAACACCGGUGCCAACACCAGCGAGCGGCGUUUUCCCUGCCUUCCUCUAGGCCGCAAAGGCCAGCAAGAGCUCCAUAGGCACCAACGGCAGGAUUCGACUGAGCCCCGGCUACCGAGCAGCUCGGAGCAGCGGUUGACCUUCAACAGGGAGGCCAACAGAGAGUGGAUCAGCAGACAGAAGAACCACGCUUCCCUGGCCCCGUCAGAACAGUCUUUCCGCUCGUCUGCUUCCAGUCGCUGGCCCGCCGCUCUUCAGCGAGUCUUCGAGAGACGAGGAGACAGCAGCGGGUCAGAGGGCGCAGGUCGCGUCUGCCGCGCCUCCUUCAGUUGGCAGAAGUCUUCCAGUUCAGCGGAGGAGUUGGUGGCCGCCCUUGGGUGUCCCUCGACGCGGCUGUACGCCGCCCUCAGGAGGAAGCUAGGGGAGCACCGCCCCACCUGGGUGCGAGAUUUCCUUCAUCUGGACGGCCUAGCUGUACUCUUUGACUCUCUGGCUGCUCUCUGUGAGAGUGGCGUCCCUACCCUCACUGACGCGCAUCUCCAGGUUGAGUGCGUGUCUGUCAUCCGUGCAGUGAUGGACUCUCGCAUCGGACUCGAUUAUAUUGUUGAAAAUAAGGAGUACACAACCAAACUAGCUGCUGCUCUGGACACUAGUAAUGUCACCAUCAAGAAGCAAGUGUUUGAGCUGUUGUCGGCCCUGUGUGUCUACAAUGUCGACGGCUACAACAGAGCUAUCGACGCUCUGGAACACUAUAAGGUGCUGAAGGCUGAGAGGUACCGCUUCAAGGUGGUAGUAGAGGAACUGAAAGCCGCCUCGACUUCAGAGUACCACACUGCUCUUGUCGCUUUCAUCAACUGUCUGGUCAUCUCUACACCUCACCUCAAGGAUCGUAUCAGAAUCAGGAACGAGUUUAUCGGUCUAAAAGUACUGGAGGUCAUCAAUAGAUUAAGGCAAGAUGCGGUGACGGACUCUGACCUGGCGGUGCAGUUGGACGUCUUCGAUGAGCAGCGAGAGACUGACGAAGCUCAGAUCUCUGGUCCACACGGAGUCGAUCUCAGUUCACACGUCGAUGUUUUCUACGCCAUCCUUAGACAGGUUGUGGAGACGCCUCAGGAGAUUCCCUUUCUGAGCGUGUUGCAGCAUUUGCUGAGAAUUGAUCCGAAGGAGCCAGUCAGCGAUGUUAUCUGGGACACGGCGGAGAAACUCCUGCACAGGGCAACCUUACUGGAAGAUGCAAAGGACUCCGCCAGACUCCUGAGGGCGCCGUCACAGAAGUCACUUACUAAGCUGAAGGUGGGUGGGGAUGCAUCUAGGUGUCUCUGUUCCUGCCAUCGCGAUGAUCCCAAGUCACGCAAACAUUCCCUCAAUCUCAACCUCAACUCCCAGCAGUCGUUGUCAACUCUGACGUCUCCUGUGACAGAUCCAUCACCUCUUCCACCUCCACUACCUGGAGGGCCUCCACCACCCCCACCUCCCCCCCCUUUGCCUCCUGGGAGUGGGCCACCACCUCCCCCUCCACCACCAGGUGGACCACCACCUCCACCCCCUCCACCUGGAGGGGGACCUCCAUUACCUCCACCACCACCUGGUGUAAGGCCUCCUCCACCUCCAGGACCUCCGCCACCACCUGGAAUCGCGACACAACAGCGACCUGAACCAGCUGAAGAGAAGGUGCGACUACCACAGAUGGAGACACCAAAACCACGCUCCAAGAUGAAAACCUUUAACUGGAAUAAAAUCCCCAACUCAAAGGUGCUAGCUAAGAACAAUAUAUGGUUCUUGCUGGCGCGUCAACACCAGGACUCACCCAGCACCUCACUUAACUGGGAGGAGAUGGAGAGUCUGUUCUGCCAGCAGACUACACCAACACCGACGUCCUCGCCCUCCAAGACCUCCAGGGAUGCCAAAGAUGAUAUCAACAAAAAGAGGGAGCCUACAGAGAUUAACUUACUGGAUGGUAAGAGGUCUCUCAACGUUAAUAUAUUUCUCAAGCAGUUCAGAGUAAGCAACGAGGAGAUUAUGGAGAUGAUCCGUAACGGAGAACACAGCGACAUCGGCGCAGAGAAACUACGAGGUCUCCUGAAGAUCCUCCCGGAGGCCGACGAGAUGGAGAUGCUGAAGAACUUUGACGGGGACCGCAGCAAGCUGGCCAGCGCUGAAAAGUUCCUGUUGAUGCUUCUGGCUGUGCCACAGUACAAGUUGAGAAUCGAAGCCAUGCUGCUGAAGGAGGAGUUCGAGACGACGAUGGACCAGAUUGAACCUUCCAUCAACGCUGUCAUCUACGCCGCCAGGGAUAUCCUCACUAACCCGCACCUACAGGAGGUCCUCUACAUGGUCCUCGUAGCAGGGAACUUCCUCAACAGCGGAGGCUACGCUGGGAAUGCUGCAGGUGUCAAGCUGUCUUCGUUGCAGAAGUUGACAGAUAUACGAGCAAACAAGCCUGGGAUGACCCUCCUGCACUACGUUGUACAGCAAACUGAGAGACGAGAUCCAGAGUUGCUGAAGUUCCCGGAUGAGAUGUCGUGUCUGGAAGAAGUAACCAAGACAACGAUGGAUCAGCUAAUGAAUGAAAUGAAGCAGUUGGAUGCCAGGAUAGCUAAGUUAUCCAUUCAACUGAACAACCCUAACACACCCAAGGAUAUCAUCAACCAAAUGGGUGACUUCCUACAGGUUGCUUCCAGUGACCUCAACUCACUGAAGGAAGGCAUCGAAGAGGUGGAGAAGAUCAAGAUUGAGGUAGCUGAAUACUUCUGUGAGGAUCCAAACUCUUUCAAAAUAGAAGAAUGCUUCAAAAUCCUCUUCAAUUUCUGCUCAAGGUUUAAGCAAGCAAUUGCUGAGAAUGAACGCCGGAGACAGCAAGAAGAACAAGCUGAGAUCAGAAGAAGAACGCGUGAGGAAAAUGCAGUCAAACGUCGAUCAUCGUCACAAGGAGGACAGCCUCGCCCUGGGUCCUUCAGUGGUUCAGAAACAGAGGUCAACAUCAUGGAGAACCUCCUCUCCGACAUUCGUUCUGGUUUCACACAGAGGAAAUAUGCAGAGAUGGCUCUUAAUAAGAGUAAGAAAGGGAAGAAGCUGGAAUCUUGGCAAAAUGGUGGAAUGACAUCAGAAGAUGAGACAUCCCUCUGCAACUCUCCUCGGAUGACCCGUCGUCGUAUGGGGUCGUUCUCAGGGCCCACUGGACCUCAGGGUGACAACCAAAAUAAUGACAACUCCCCUGACAUAACACCAAAUGGUAGUCUUCGGCGAAGGCGUUCCAGAGUUCCUUCUGAGGAGGACGACCACAAGCUCAUGGACUACCUUCACACCGCUGGUCAUGACGGCUCCAGAGAAAGGAAGUCCUGGUCUGGCAUUGCAGAGGGCUAUGGGUCUCUGGAUCGGUCGUUUGCUCGACGUGCGCGUGGAGGAGGGAGAAAUCGUCCGAGUCUACUUGCAUCUGAAUCCUCAGAGAGGGAGCGGCCUGCUUCUCCUUCAACCAUUUCCAGUGACAAACCUCAACCACCUGACCAUAAUAGACCAAGCAAAAAUUGGCGUCAAAAGAUCGAGUCAUGGUUUAAGGAGAACGAGAAGGAAGAACGGCAGUCCGACGAACUCAAGAGGCGGCUACACCAGCACCGUAAAUCCUUGGACUUGGAUACCUCACUCGACGAGGGUGGUGGUAUGGGAGGCAGCGUGAGUGCUGGUGUCGCCUCACUAGGAACCUUACCGGAAGACCAGCCCUCGGAGGAUAGCGAAAGAGGAGUUGUGGAUGGAGCAGGUGGAGGUGGCGGGUACCGGCGUGUCUACCAGGAUUGGAGACCAUCGGUCGAGAAGACGGACGUUGUGCGUGCCAUGGAGGCUAUAGAAGAAGCCCAGUCUCCAGUCCCUUGUAAGGAAAAAGAUAAAUCUCCGUGGAGAAAAAGCAAUUUGAAUGUCGCCAACUCCAGUGAAGCAACCCGGGAGGACACGCCGGCAGCCUCCUCCACCUCCACUAUUUCUGCAGCCCCGUCCACAUCCGCUCGAAGACUCCGCAGGUUGAGGUCCAGGUCAAACAUAGAGCCCGGCCAGGUUGUCCAGGCGGUUCAGGGCAUGGAAGAUGAGGUAGACAACGCCAGCAGACGCUCAUCUCUCAUUCAGACGCUGGGGCGCAACGACUCACAAGAUACACUCAAGCUCUACAUCCGUCGACCGUCUCACGACGAGCACAAAGGUUCACCCAUAAACACUACUAAAAGUGGCAAUAGCACGGAUAAAGAUGGCGACCUUCUCAAGGAGAACCCUCCUCGUCGUGGGUCGGCCCCCGCAGCCUCCCCGCGAGAGGACUCCUCCAUCAGUAGGUCAGAGCAGCUCCUCCAGAAGUACCGACACUCGGUUGAUGUUUCUGCUGACGUCCUUCGUUCUAUAGAGCAGGCUGAGUCAUCACCUGGCCGUGGUAGCGAGGAAAGCCGUCGAGAGAAACGAGCUUACCAACGUACCAUGACACCUUCCAGCCUGCGUUCAGCUCUUCAACAGCGCCUCAAGGACAACCUUCAAGCGGUACACUUGGCUGGAACCAUCCGUUCAUUAGGGGACGAAGCUACCGAUCAACUGGAUGAGGAGGAUGAAGAUGAGGAGACAGGAUCAAAAGGAGAAAACAAAGAACAAAAAUUACUGCCACCUUCGAUACCUCGCCAUCUCCGUAGACCUUCCCGUGAAGAAGGCAAGUUGGAUAAGAUAGAAAUUGAUGCCGAAAACAUUGAAACACCACCAGUAACCCGAAGAGCAUUCGGGAUGAGAAGUUUCCGUUCACCUUCUGACUCUCGGUGGAUUAAUUCUGGCCAGGAGGAAAGUGAGGAUCUUGAUGAGCGACGAGUAGGUCGCCGGUUUCGUAACCUAACAAGCGAGGACCAUCGUGUUCCCAUUAAAGAGAAAAAUUUGCCAGAUGGAGAAGGCAUCAGGCAGCGUCUCCACUCAGGAAUAGAUAGCUCGGAAAAUGAGGGAGCCGGUAGUGAAGUUGAGGAACGGGGAACAGCACGGCGAUCUCAGCGUUUCAAGCGUUUGGCUGAUCUUGCAAAGGAUGGUGAUAGUGAGACAGAACAGAUGCUUGCUAAGCAGAAAGAUCGUCCACCAUCUAUAGCCGAUGAUGAUGGCCUCGGGGAUGGCAAUUUUGAACGCUUUUCAUCAAUUCGUAAAACACUGAGACAUAAAAAGUUGCAAGAUAAACCCGAGUUGAAACCAAGUGAAGUUCAUACAGAAACAGAUACCCGGAACGGAAGCCUCAGUGUUCCCCAGGAAAACCCAACCUCUCCAGAGAGUUCUGUAAAAAGUGUUAGAGCAUCUCAAGAGCACUGUACUCCUUGUGAAGAGUCCACUGUAGAUAAGGUUCAUACUAAUAUUCAGCAGGCAGAGACGAGUGAUAUAAUGCAGGAAAGCUUUGAGGAUAAAGAUACUCGGCUGAAACGAUGGCAGCGUAUCAAAGAGACAAAAACAGACAAUGAAGAUCACGGAGGUAAGUCUCGAGAGGCAGAUUCGUGGAAGGAUCGUCUUACUCGGCGUUUCCGCUCCAGUGUAGAUAAAUAUGAUGUUCACCGGGCCAUGGAUGACCGCAGUAGCAAGAGUGCGAAGGAUGAACUUAAGCCUCCAUCGUCAGAAAGACUGUAUCGUAAAAAUAAGGAUAGUGUCGCUCGAGGACUAGAGACUAGAGGCUCUUUUAGAGUCACAAGUGGAACUAGCGAUGCAAGAAAAGACCGCAGAGAACGUACACGCAGUGCUAUUGAUCCUUCUCAAGUCCGCCAAGCUUUGGACAAGGAUAAAGAAAAGGAUAAGAAGCGAUCAGUGUUUGGUGACCCAUCUCGGGGAGUCGGGAAGUUAUUCUCCAAGCUGGAAAGUAAAGAACCUUCAGGUCUGCGUCGUGGUGAAGCACGGACAAGGUCUCUCUUAGAUACACGAACAAGGAAUCGCAUUCGAGGUACCUCCACAACUAAGGAUGUUGAUGAAGGAUUUGAGGACACUGGUAGCAUCAAGUCAGAGACAACGAGCCAGGGAGCAUCUUCUACUGGUGAUGUACCAGAUGCCACAUUGGAGAAAACACAAGGGACCUCAUCAGUAUGUACAAAUAUUCAUAAUGAUAUGAAAAUUGAAAGCCAAAUUGGAAGUUUUAGGCAUCGGCCAGAAGAGCGCAAUAGUUUAAGCGCCUCGAAAAGAAAUGAGAAGUCAGGUUCCCGCUCCAGUCUUCGAUCUUCUCGCUCUUCUUUGACCUCUGCAGCUUCAGUGAAUACUGUGCGACCUGCAAAGCCUCCUUCAAAGUCACCCAGUACUGCCAGUGUGAUAAGUAAUAAAUCUGACUCCAGUAGCCGGGCUCGUGGUAAAAUUAAUGACUACACGUCUGCUCUCAAAAGUUUGACCUUCAAAAGUUUACGAAUGAACUGUGGUAAUGAGGAGGGUUUCAGGACCACUCAAAGCUCUCCCUGCAGCCCUAAGGGUGAAGAGGGCCAACCUUCAUUCCCAGAUGACCGCACAAGAUCAUCAGGUUCUCUUCACAGUUCUGGAGGAGUUACUCCAACUCGCCCACUUUCUCGGGCUGAUUCUACACGGUCUACUGGUUCCCUCAGUAAACAAUCAAGUGAAGGUUCUCUGAUGCGUGGCACCACACAAAAUACUAAGUCAUCUGCACGCAUUAUCACUAAUAACAACAAUCGAACCAAACGUGUCCUUGCUCCUGCUCAGGUUCGCACUCUUACUACAGCUGACAAUCGUAAUCGAAGUAUAAGUGGCUCAAGUGGGUCUCUGCGUAAGUCACCGGGAUCCACACCCAAUUCUUCAGUUAAAGUAAAACGUGGAGAUUCUGGAAGUUCAAAGGAGAAUCUAUCCCGCUCCAAUUCUGGCAACAGUCGGGCUGGCGGCACCUCCCGCUCUACUCCUCGCUCCACCACAUCACCAUCAAAACCUCUUGCUGAGCGUUCAUCCAGUUUCCGUGCUUCACCGCCCAAACCAGAACUAGGAUCAAGAAGAUCUACCAGCAGUACCUCAAACAAGAGCAUCUCUCCAAGGAAAGGAGGAAAUCUCCCAGCAUUCAUGCGUCCUACCACAUCAUCAUCUUCGAAGGUCAGCGCCUCUGAUGCACCACCGUCAACAACCCCAAUUAAAAAAGUGAAGGUCGUGUCACGUAACAUAACACUUGCUACACCUCGUCCGAUGGUUAAAUAAACACCCUAUAGUCUUUAAGUACUAUAAGUUCUCUGUGGACAGAGAAUAUUUUCCCAAACUACAGUGGACCCCCGGUUAACGAACUUUUUUCAUUCCAGUAGUAUGUUCAGGUGCCAGUACUGACCGAAUUUUUUCCCAUAAGGAAUAUUGUGAAGUAGAUUAGUCCAUUUCAGACCCCCAAACAUACACGUACAAACACACUUACAUAAAUACACUUACAUAAUUGGUCGCAUUCGGAGGUAAUCGUUAUGCGGGGGUCCACUGUAUAUCCUGUUAACUGGAAUAUUUCAGAAAUAGACAUAUGGAACAGUCCUUCAUGUGUAAAGUGCUUGCCCAUGUGGAAAUAUUAUAAAUUUAUUAUAAAUAUGAGGCAGGUAUUGGAACUGCUGCUCCUCAAUACAGGAAGGCCCCUCAUAUACAGCACCUUCUUUUAGUGUUCCACAUUUUUAUUGGCUUCAAAUUGAGCCAUUGUUCAUUAUGAUCCAUUCGUUGGUGAUUGUCACCAGUGGGUGGAAAAAUUGCUCAGUUGAAAGCCAGUGACAACACGGAACACCAAAAAUGCCAUAUUUUAUGGAGAACAAGAUGCUCCAGUGUCGAGAAUGCCUUCCUCAAUUCGCUGGAUAAAUUUACAAGACUUGUUUAUGAAAAAAUAGUGUCUUUGAUGCCAUAAAAUACAGUAGGUGCAUUGUAUACAGGGGGCCAUCCUGUAUAGAGUUGCCUGGACCUGUGAACCUGUGUGCCAUGAUUGUCUUAGUGUGUGCUUCCCAACACUCCCUCAAGGCUCACUCACCCUCGCUCGCACAGAAAACGUGAAGUGGACCCUAUGUUGUACACAAAGCUUUGUAUAUAGUCAAGCCACGGAACGGGUGAGGUUUGAACCCUGGGCCAGUGAGUCAUACAGCUCCAGGCCUUUAGUUGUAUGACUCACCUAUUCCAUUGCUUGUUUGCAGUUGUGUCAUUACGAUUUCAAGAUUCGUUUCAUAUAGUGUUUUUUUUAUGUAAAUGCAAUCGAAAAACUACAUUCAAAAUUGAAUAGCACAUGGAAAGACCUUCAUAUUGCAUGCUAUUCAAUUUUUUAUUUGCUUUUUUGACCACAUUUACAAAAAUCACAGCCCUUGUGGCUUAGCGCUUCUUUUUGAUUAUAAUAAUAAUAAUAAUAAUACAAAAAUCACACCAUAUAAAGUUCUAUUAAAUAGCCUAUUGUAUUAAUUUGUAUACAAUACUGUAUUGCUAUUGUGUAUGAGAUUAUUUUUAUUAUUAUUAUAUUAGGCAAAAGCAGUAAGUUUAUUAGGGUCAAAAAACACCUUGGGUAUGGGAGGUAAUCAGGGUUGAUCUGAGAAAGGGUAGAGUAGGUCUGAUUCCUUGGAUGAAGAGCCCUUUAGCAUCAGAGGAUCCCCCCUGAAGGGAGCUGUAUGUGGGAGAUUAACCCGUAAACGGUCCAAACGUAUACAGUGGACCCCCGCAUAACGAUGGCAUCACAUAGCGAUUAUUUCGCAUACCGCUUACUUUAAUCGCAAAAAUUUUGCCUCACAUACCGCUUAAAAACCCGCUUACCGAUUUUCGUCCGAGAAGCGGCCUGAGCCACGCUCACAUGUUCCGCCGGUGGCAUUGUUUACCAGCCAGCCUCCGCGGUAACAUCCAAGCAUACAAUCGGAAUAUUUCGUAUUAUUACAGUGUUUUCGGUGCUUUUUCUGGAAAAUAAGUGACCAUGGGCCCCAAGAAAGCUUCUAGUGCCAACCCUACAGCAAUAAGGGUGAGAAUUACAAUAGAGAUGAAGAAAAAGAUCAUUGAUAAGUAUGAAAGUGGAGUGCAUGUCUCCGAGCUGGCCAGGUUGUAUAAUAAACCCCAAUCAACCAUCGCUACUAUUGGUGGUACAGCUGCUGCUGCUGCUGCACUGUCAGCUGCUGCUGCUGCUGUAGCACCGUUGUUGGUGUGGCUUAUUGAGAAUACCAAGAAACAAUUAACCCCAGAGGAUUUGCCACCCAGGAUAACCCAAAAAAGUCAGUGUCAUCGAAGACUGUCUAACUUAUUUCCAUUGGGUCCUUAAUCUUGUCUCCCAGGAUGCAACCCACACAAGUCGACUAACACCCAGGUGAACAGGGAAAAAUGCCUGGAACUAGUGCUCAUAUUGGUGAAUUUAAAGCCAGCAAAGGUUGGUUUGAGAGAUUUAAGAAUCGUAGUGGCAUACACAGUGUGAUAAGGCCUGUUCUGGAAGAAAAUGCCAAACAGGACCUACAGUACUCAGGAGGAAAAGGCACUCCCAGGACACAGUGUCUCAUCAGUCAUUGCUGCAUCUUCAAUAAAGGUAAGUGUCAUUUAUUCUUCAUUUAGUAGACUAGUACAUGCACAAUAUAUACUGUGCAUGUACUACUCUACUAUUGUGCAUGUAUCCUUCUCUUUGUGUGUGGGAAAAUGUAUAUUUCAUGUGGUAAAAUUUUUUUUUUUCAUACUUUUGGGUGUCUUGCACGAAUUAAUUUUAUUUCCAUUAUUUCUUAUGGGGAAAAUUCAUUCACAUAACGAUUAUUUCGCAUAACAAUUACCCCUCUUGCACGGAUUAAAAUCGUUAACCGGGGGUCCACUGUAUAUACGUUUUUUUCAACAUUUCAAAGUAUGUAAAAAAAGUAGAUUUUUUUUUGUUUUUUUUUUUACAUUUGAAAAUGUGUAAAAAACUUCGAUCUACUUUUUUUUUUGUUAUAAUUGAAAAUAUGUAAACAAACGUAGAUCUACUUUUGUAGCACAACACAUGUGAACGUAGAUCUGCUUGGACCGUUUACGGGUUAAUAGAAGUGCCAACUUAGACCUCAUUUUUUUUCCUUUUUGGAAAAUAUACAAGGAACCAAAUACGAACAUGCUAACAAACCGUUUUAUAAAAGUCCUCUAUAUAGUGAAUUUUUUGCAGAUGCAACUGAAAAAGCAUAUCCUAAAUUUACUAGCAUAUGGAAAGGCCUACAUAGUAAAUAUUUACUAUUCAUUAUACAAUACACUUUUUUAAUCACAUAUGCAAAAAAUUACACUAUACAUGUAUACAAGAGUUGCAUUCCAGUAUACCAUUUCAAGAUAUAAUUGCCUGUUGAAAGAUCAAAUAGGUACAGUGGACCCCCACAUAAUGAUAUUAUUUCAGUCCAGAAGUCUGUUUGGGUGCCUUUAUAGACCGAAUUUGUUCCCAUAAGAGAUAUUGUGAAUUAGAUUACUCCGUUUCAGACCCCCAAAAAUACACCUACAAAAGCACUUACAAAAAUACACUUACAUAAUUGGUCGAGUUGGGAGCUGAGCAUUAUGCGGGGGUCCACUGUAUUUGUAUUUUUCGUAAAUCUAAAGCGGGUGAUAAUUAGGCCAUUUUGCUGUAAUUACUAUUGUAACUGUCAAUAAGUGAUUCAUUUGUGUAAUUAUAUACGUAUUAGCUUAAUUUAGAAAGAAGUGUACGAAAAUCUGUUCGUGCAUUCUGUAUUUUUUAUAAAUUUAUAAUCAUGAUAUCUCUUGCCAGCAGUGACGUUGUGUUUUUCAUAAUGAAAAAUUGGUUUUGUGUUCAGAUUCCACACAACUUAUUUUAAAGAAUUUUAGCCGUAGAAUAUGUCAACACUGCACAGUGUGAGCAUUGUACUCUCACACGUCCCAGUCUGUGAUGCCCUACUGUGAAUUAAGUCAAUACUAGCUCAUUAUACAAUGAUGCUGAGUCUGGGAAUGACAGGAGGGCCCUGUUUGUACAGCUCUUAGGUUCCCGACCCCACGUGAUAUGCGAAAAUUGCUGGUAGAUGAAAAAGUGUGUGUUUUUCAAUAUUGAAUGCAUCUAAAAUGCCUGAUAAUGUGUUAACACUCUCAUAUAUUAAGUGCUCAGUACAGCUAGGCAUAAAAAAACAAGAUAAAAGUAAAAUCGAUACACAUACAAUACCUACUUAACCCAUAAAUGGUCCAAACGUAUAUAUACGUUUUUUCAACAUUUGACAGUAUGUAAAAAAAGUAGAUCUUCUUUUUGUUUUUUUACAUUUGAAAAUGUGUAAAAAAAACUUUGAUCUACUUCUGUAGCACUACACAUGUGAACGUAGAUCUGCUUGGACUGUUUACGGGUUAAAAUAUGGCGCCGGUCGCCCUUCACUCAUGCAGCUGUUGUGCAAAAAUGGCAGAAAAGGGGUAAAAGCGCCAAACAUAAUGAAUGUGGCUGAAUUGAAAACCAAUGACAACAGGAACAUCGAAAAAAGAGAGCUGGGUAUGUGGGACCCUCCUGUACUAUCAUUAACAGAAGAAGCAACCUUAGCAUCAUUAACCUGUCUCAAUUUGGACUUCAUUUAUUACCAUAAUUAGUAUCCUAAGGUUUUACUCAGUUUAUAUUGGCUGUCUGCGCCUGGCCAUUUAGGCGAUUGUACGAACUGUGUUAUUUAAAUGAGUUACUGUGCCUUGUCCAAGUUAAUGUACAGUUAUAAUGUUAAUUUAUCGGACUAAUGGCUUGCUUUAUAGUGUUUGUCGCUGCUGCUGCUGCUGUUCAGUGCCACAAUGUCUCUGUUUGCUCUAACAUUGUUGUGUAUAGGAUUCAGCUUUAAAAUGAAUCGUAGUUUUAUACAGUCAGCGCUCUUGUAAAGCUCUUCCACGUGGUGCCGUUAUCUGUAAAAGCGAUUUAAAAAACAAAUACAAAAUUGAAUAGUGCCUGGAAAAGGCUUUGUAGUACACACACAUUCCAAUUUUGGAUUCACAUGUAUAGCCGCAUUUACACACCAAAAAAUAACAGAGCUUUAUACAAGAUCUUACUGCUUUAUAAUUUAAGCUACGUAAUAUUUGUGCUUGCAGUGUCUUCUUGUGUUUAAUCUCCACUUAGUGUAUAAAAUAUUCUGUACAUAGACCUAAUGCAUCAGAUAUACCAUGAACACAUUCACUGUCAUGGAUGUUUCUCUCCAAAUAUAUUUAAAAAAAAUAUCUUAAAAUCAGAACACCUACCGAGCCAAGUAGGUUACCAAAUGUAGUUUUAUCCAAUCUGUUUAUCAUAAGUGCAACUAAUGUGACAUUUUCUUAUGGCAACGUUUCACUCUCCAGGAGCUUUAUCAAGCUCCUGGAGAGCGAAACGUUGCCAUAAGAAAAUGUCACAUUAGUUGCACUUGUGUCCUUUUACUUUACAUAUUGUCGGUAAUUCUACCAACUUUAUUACAAUCUGUUUAUCACUACUGGAAUUGAGUAUUACAAUAACACCCAUAUAAGGCUCUUCAAAAAUGCGAUUUCUUGUAAAUUUGAUUGAAGAAAUUGCAUUGGAAGUUGAAUAACUCAUACUGUGAAGGCCUUUCCACACGAUAUUCAAUUUUGGACACCAUGAACAUUCUUUAUAAGAGAGCCUAUUACAUGUACAGCAUAUAUAAUUUACUAUAGCUUUCACAUGUAUUUUCAGAAUAAUCUGUAGGUAAGUUAUGAUUUCAUGAAGGUGCUCGUAUCCUGCAUGAAGAGUCAGGCAUAAAUGUUAAACUAUUAAGAAUGCAGUGUGGCAUACCCAGACCUCAGUCAUAUGUCCUGACUGAAAGGGUUGUACUUAGAUGUUUGUCUUUGUAAGUAUUCUGUCCAUAUGUACCAUGUUAUAUAUACAUAUGUACCAUGUUAUAUACAUAUACAUGUAUACACUUUUUUGAGACAAUUUCCAGUCUUAAAAUGCAUAUAUUACCACUUACAAAAAGCAGCAGCUGACCUUACUUGUAAAAUAUUGACUACUACAGGCCACACAUAGAUAAUUCCAUUUUAAUCCUACUGAGAAGUUUACUCUUUCAUAUAACAGAUUUGCAAUGUGUACAAAUCGGAACGGGUGAGGUUUGAAUCCAUGAGUUCUGAAACUCCAGGCCAGUGCGUUAACCACUGGCCAGCUGGUUCUAAUAAGAUUUGUCCAGCUAGGUAUAUUUCUGUACACCAUACGGAGGUUAGCAUGGGCCACCACUGUGACCACAAAUGCACCCGCUCUGUGAUUUAUUUGCAGUCGUGUUAGUACAAUUUCGUGAGCCCAGCUUGUUCAGUAAAUUCUUCUAUGAAGCUCCUCCAUGUGGCGUGAUUUUUGGUGAAUCCGAUUGACAAGUGCAUCCAAGAUUAAAUAUUCCUUAUUAUGAAGGUCUUUCCACAUGCUAUUCAAUUUUUAAUGUACUACUUCAAUCUCAUUUACCCAAAAAAAUGAUACUAUGUAGAGGAGCUUUUGAAGAUAGUUGAUUAAAAUUAAUGUCAGUGAAGGAUAGCCAGUGUUGGGAUGAUAAGAUAAAAUCUGUCUUAUCAGACACAAAGACUGGUUAACGAUCUUUAUUAUUAGCCUUUCCUGAUCAUCUUCAACGUAAGAUUUGUAGGAUCUUGCAUUGCUGAUGAUCAUGGAGGGCAGUGACAUCUCAUGAGAGAGAGAGUCAGAGGUCGUGGAUAUGGCAGAUUCCUGAGGUCGUGGAUAUGGCAGAUUCCUGAGGUCGUGGAUAUGGCAGAUUCCUGAGGUCGUGGAUAUGGCAGAUUCCUGAUCAUUUUCAACAUAAGAGUUUCAGUCUUACAUUGCUGUGAAGGAGUCAGAGGUCCUGGAUAUGACAGAGUCUAAAUCAAAUUCCUGUGCUGCAGCUGAAAAGUUUUUUGGUAUUUUCCUCUUUACUGACAGAUUAAGAAUCGAUUAGUGCAGCGUGUCACUAAUCUAUAAAAAAUUUGUUGCAGAUGUACAGCAGUCAUCAGCAUUUCCUCAAAAAACUUUGCAUCAGUUUUAUUGAAUAAAUAUUUAUUAACAGUAGGGGCUGCGGGGUUUUCCCUCUGCUCUGUCUCAUAAUUCUCAUAUAUACACUAUGAAUAUACUUUGUAAAAAUAUAUUCGCUACUGGAUAUAUUUGAUGCUUUGUUUUUAAUCUGCAAAGUUAUAUAGUCAGGUUAUAAUACUUUUGUAUUUAUUUUGCUAAAUACUAAUGUUAUUUAACUUUAGUGAUUAAGCUGAAUAAUCUUUUUUAUUAUAUACAGCGUCAAAGAUAAUGUAACUAUAUAAAUUUUUAGAAUACAAUAAACUAUCAUUAUGACAAUGUAUAAUUUUAUUUUUUAAACAUUAAAUGUUUACUUUCA